AAAGUUUCCCAUCUAGCGCUUGUUUCAGAUAUGGCGCAACUCAAUGCAUAGGAGUGAGAAGGACAAACGGUAUGAUAGACAGUUGAGGCUAUGGGGUGAUCAUGGGCAGUUUGCACUUGAGUAUGCCAAGGUGUGUCUUUUGAGAGCUGAAGGUUUGGGGGCAGAAAUAUUGAAAAAUUUAGUACUUCCAGGCGUCGGCAGCUUCACAAUUAUAGAUGAUUCCUAUGUAACUGAUAAAGAUUUAGGAAGCAAUUUCUUCGUUACAGAAAAUCAUAUCGGAAAGGCAAGGGCACAGGUUGUAACAGAGUCUUUACUGGAGCUAAAUGACGAAGUCAAUGGAAAUUACUUGAUCGAGGAUGUUCGCGAUUUGUUAGAAAAGGACCCUCAAAUUUUCUUGUCCUUUGAUAUUGUUAUCGUAACAGAUGCCAGAGAAAAAUUACUCAUUCGUCUCAGUCAGCUUUUGAGUGGUACUUCUAUCACUUUGGUGGUAUGCUUCAGCAUUGGUGUCAUCGGAUAUUUAAGAAUCUGUUCUCCUGAACAUGUGAUAGUCGAGUCACAUCCAGAUUCCUAUUGCCCUGAUCUAAGACUUGAUCGACCAUUUCCUGAUUUCGUUAAAAUGGUAGACGAACAACCGUUAGAAGAAAUGACAUCUGAAAAGCUUUGUCAUACACCGUGGCUCAUAAUUGUUUAUGUUUUUCUGCAGAAGUUUAUUUCUCUACACGGCCAUUUUCCAAGAAAUCAUAAAGAAAAGGCAGAGAUUAAAGAUAUGAUUUCUAAAGGUGCGGUUGAUCUUUGGAGUCAAUUGUGUAAACGUGAGAAUAACCUGGAUUCAUCUUUUGUCUUGGAGAAUUUUCAAGAAGCAUGUCAGGCAGUCAAUACAGCAGUUCUACCGACUACAAUUCCUGAAAAUGUGAAGAAGUUACUCGAGGAUGACCGCUGUAAUGAUCCCUGUCUUACAAAUAUUGGUAUUUCGGGAUCCAGUAAUACAAAUCUAAAGUUUCCUACCAGGAACCACCAACAAUUACACAGAAAGAAUUCUGUUUACACAACUAUUUCACCUGUAAAAUUCUGGCGUCUAGUUCGUGCUCUACGAGAUUUUAUUGAACAUGAAGGUGAGGGACAAUUACCUGUACGUGGUAGUCUACCAGAUAUGAUAUCUGAUUCGAAGCGUUAUUUACAGCUUUUGUCUAUUUAUCGUGAACGUUCUGAAUGGGCGGUGGAACGCCUUGCCUCAAGAUUAUUGCAAUUCCCUGAUAUUUCUGUAGACGACGUACGUCUUUUUGUUAAAAAUGCAAGCUUCUUGAAUGUUGUACGUUGUCGGUCAUUAGAAGAGGAAAUGAAACUUUCACCAGCGCGUUCAGACGAUCUGAAUUUACUCCCAACACACAAAGAAAAUGAUCCCAUGUUGUGGUAUUUAGUUCUUAGAGGUGCUAGUAGUUUUCUGAUGGAAACUGGACGGUGGCCUGGUAGCUCACAGCCUUAUACUACCACAUUUAAAUUCAGUUCUAACAACCAAAAUCAAAACUCAACUGGAAUUCCAGUGCCACGUGAAGAACAAUUCUCCGCUACAGAUUCUGAACAGUUAGACAUGAACAUCAUUGAAUCUGACUUACCAACGUUACGGAUACACUUAAAUCGUGUUCUCCAGUCGUUUGGGAUUGCAACGAAUCGUGUUAGCACAGAUUAUUUAGAGGUAAUGUACUUUAUUAUAUUUCCUACGGUAUGUAAUACUGAUAAAAACGAAUUAGCAGUGUGACAUACUAAAAUUAUCAGUUUGUGUUCUCUAAAUGUCUUUAAAAGCCCCGAAAAGUUAGGUGGGAGUAAUCUGUGAUCGGUGAGUGAGCAAAGACAGAUACAUCUAGUUACAGUAAAAAUAAAACACUAUUUUAUAUGUCAAACUGACCCUACUUGUGUUUCAAUUUGACUCCACUUUGUGAUUGCAUUUUAUGUGUUAAUUUACUGUUGUACUAUGACCUAUUUCUAGUUCUUGAUGGCUAGCCAGAUAAUUAAGUCAAGUGUGUCAUUUGAUCAAAUAUUAUGACCGACCAAUCUAGUUAUUUGCUGAUCCGGAAUCAAGUAUCCAGUGUAGGAUCCAAAGCCCAAACAUAUUCUUGUUGAUUCAGAUUGUGUUAUCAGGCGUAAACUACCUUUUUGGGAUUUGCACAAUAAUCAAUGUCAGUGAUUGGAGACCUACCCACAUUUUCCACCUUCUUCUAGAUCUUGAUUUUCAAUAAUAUUCUUUCUAAUCGAUGAAGUUGGCCAAUUGGUCUGAGACAUUACCGCAGCCAGAGAUUAGAGGGGUUGAGUAACAUUGUACAGAAUCGGUCACAUGGACGCAAUCGCAUUCACUCCUUAUCUUACUUUAUAAAUUCCUCUUAGUUUUUUAAAAUUUUAUUUGUUUCAACACAUAAAUAUUGGUACAGGAGGGCACCGAAUACAUAUGCGCCACACAAAUCUCAUUCGAUAUGUGUGAGGGCUGUGAUACUGUCCGGGUGCUCAAACAGGAGCAGGUGGUUUUCUUAGGGGGCCACACCUCAAGCCUUUGACCUAAAGGUCUGAUCCACAAGGCAGUGGAGCAUCGUAAGGAGAUGCAUUCCCAUGGUAGCCGGUGACCAACGAUUGGUUCAUACGCCAAUUGUUCCCGCAGGAUACUGGAGCCGAUGUGCACCAUUGAUUGGGGAUCCGGUUAAAGCGCCGGACAUUCUCUUUUCCUCCUCUCAUUUUCGUAAACAACAGUAACGCCACGAGAAGGCAGUGAGUAGGACUUCCCUGGUGGAGGCUGUAUACGCGUGGUCAUGUGAGAGUAUUUCGAGAGGGAGGGCGAACCCACCUCACUCUCAGUCAUACCAGGGCGUUUGGGGGCUUUUUUCUCUCACAACAUAAUGACAGUACGUAGAUCUUUCAAAAGUUCUGAUAGCGAACUUUAACGCUGCAACUGAUUGGAACACUACGAGAAAUAAUGUAGUUUUUUAAAAACUAUAUACUCAAUUCAUAAUCUUUCUCAUUAUCAUUGGUACUAAAUUAUUUUGUUAUUUAUGUUUUUAAUCAAUAUAACUUGAGUGGACACAUAAUUGUGUCAAACUACACUUUAAUGAUGACUAACUCCCUAUCUAGAAUUGUAAUACUUUAAAAUGAUUGAUACUCGGGUCCUGUGGAAGUUUUUUUGAACUUAUUAGCAACGCUAUUAUUUACAUUUAAGAGAACAAUAUUAUGUUCAAUUAGAACUUCUUACUUCUAAGAUACGAUAAUAUCUAUAUACAUAUUUAAAGAAUAUUGAAUCAUUCGAAAAAAUUGGAGUUAAUCGUCAUAAAAUAGGAUACAUAAGUAGUCGUAAAAAUUGUUAUUAAUAUAGUUGGUGUAGGACUAAAAAACAGCAUGAUAACAAGACUAAGAAAAGGAUCAUUAAUAAUUAUUUGAUGAAUCCCUAUGAAUGCUCUAGUUCUAUCCACGACAUGAUCAUGAUCGACCAAGUGUGAUAAGAUGGUGCUGGAUAUAGAUACAGUUAGGCCGUUUUCGAACCACGAAAACAGAUACUCGUCAACUAGUAAGCUAAGUGAUCUAGUCUUAGGAUCGACAUAGCUUUCUCCAUGGUAUCAGCUAAAUUGAUAGUCUGACGAAGAUCUAUUUUAAAACAGGAUUGUUCGCCUAUAUGUUCUGUCCCAAUUUACAUGAAAGGUUGUAAUAUUGUCAUAAGUAUUCAGAAAACUAAUUGAUAUCCACUAAAUUCUUUUAAAUCGAUCGCUGUGAGACCGAGGAUGCUCUACUCAACUCUCGGUGAGGUUGUAGAUGUGCACUGCUGAGUCCCACACUAAGAUAAAAAGCUAUCCAAUGCUUCCUGGUUUACAGUGGUUGCCUAACUAAAGUUAGUGAUGCAAACGAUAUAUAUAAUUAUUUUUUCUGCAAUCUAUUAAAGCCGCGCCACUUCUACCUUCUUUUCUAACCUACAGGAAAUGUGUCAGUUCCGUGGUAAUGAGCUGCAUUCAGUGGUUGCAUUUAUGGGUGGAGUUGUAGCACAAGAAGUUAUCAAGUUAAUCACACACCAGUUUAUCCCAGUAUCGAAGCCGUUGAUUUAUAAUGCUAUUAACCAGAAAAUAGAAUUGUUGGAUUUUUGAUGAACGUUGUUGUUCAUAUAUGAGUUGAGUAUAUGCAUGUUAAAUAAAUGUUAUUUUCCACUUGAAGUACAUUUGUCACUCAGGUGACCUUUUGUUUUCUGUGCUGGAUGGUUUGGUUGUGGAACAUUCAUUUCUCAUCUGGAAAUCAUCAGCGCAAAUUUCAGGUAAAAUUUAAGUGCUCGGAUUUCCCCACAUGUGACUCAGCUUGAGUGGUUAUUGUUGACCGAUCCAAUUUAUCAACCAAUCAGAAAAAUCAUGGAUAAACAUAGUGUGGUACAAUCAAAUUAAAGAAUUAAACAAUGACAGGUUAAAGGUCAACAAUAACCAAUCAACAUCGAUAGAACAUGCUGAGUCAUAUAUGAACCAAUUCAAACACAUCAUUUCUACCUGAAUUUUGUCCUGAUGAUGUUGUUGAGAAGAACAAUGAAAACACCACCAAAUCAUCCAACUCGGGGAACAAAACUUCUCCUAAAUGACUUACUAUAUCUUUGUCAUUUUCUACAUUCUGAUCAACUCAUCAUUUGAGUUUCAUGAGUUUUGUUUCCGAACAGUUGUUGAAUA